AAACGUCUCCAACAUGAGAGCGAAGUGGAGGAAGAAGCGCAUGCGCAGGCUGAAGCGUAAAAGGAGAAAGAUGAGGCAGAGGUCCAAGUAAAUCUGCUUCAGCUGAGAUUCUGUUCAUCUUGAAUUCGCUUUGAGAGUCUUGUUGGGGGGAAAAAGUCCAGCUGAAGAGGUGCUGUCCAUCUGCUGUGAAGACAGUCCAGUUUGACUGAGGAAACUUCCAUCUCCAGGCUGUCCAGUUGGACUUGACCUUGCUAGGCUCUUUUGGACUUUCAAGGCUUGCCAGUGCAGCGUCUCCUUUUUUUUGUUAAUACCUAUCCAAUAAAAGUUUGGUUUAAAAUGU